AGUCGACAAAUUACUCUUUCUGAAUUCAAGAGAGCUGACAAACUACUCUAUUUUAAAAGCCAGUUCUAAAAGAAGUGUUCACGCAUAGUGGAACGACAGUUUUGCGUGAACAUUUCCAUUUCAUCUUGAAAGAGAUGAGCAUCAGUCUGAUUUUAAUGCGUGAACGGUUCACGCAUAAUGAACGACGGUUUUGCCUCUGUUUCUCUGUGGUCCCGUUUACUGUGCUCAAGAUCAGUCCGUCCAUUUCAUCUUUCUCUCCUCUGCUGAACAUCACUCUCUCUCUCAACAACGCUCUUCUGCUCGACGUUGCUCUAGCUGCGCAAGUCGACCCACCACCCGCACGUCAUCCCCACGAACCCAGAGACACGCCAAACCACCCCCACGAAUACCUCCUGCAGUUAAUCAAGGGGAAUUGCACUCUCACUGGCAGCAACCAAAGCUGCGUGAAUGCUUUGAAAACAGAAUGGACCAGUUGUCAAUCUUUUCGGUUCCCCAAUUCAGAGAGGCUUAUAAAAAGGAACUGGAUUUGUGCACGAGACUCUGGGUGCAUACAGGACCCUGGAAGAAUUAUGGGACGGCAAGAGUGAGCAGAACCUUGAUGUUAGGAAGCAAUUUCCUUUACAUCUCCUUCGGCUUCUUCGAAUACAUAGAACAAACUGUUUAUAACCACAAAAUUUAGUCUGCAUAGAAAUCUGGAUUAAGAAUGUCUUGAAUAUAGUACGCUGUACGUGAAGAUAUUGAAGGUCGAAAAUGUUGCAUCUGUUGGGUGUUGAAAUGGUGGAACUGUUCACUGUUGCUUGUUCUA